GCAGAUGGUAAGAAUGUUGGAUAUACUAGCAGAAUAUAUGUCACAUAGAGGGUUUCAAUUUCAAAGGCUAGAUGGCAGCACUAAGGCUGAACUGCGUCAGCAAGCAAUGGGUCAUUUUAAUGCACCUGGUAGUGAUGAUUUCUGCUUCCUUCUUUCAACUCGGGCAGGUGGCCUAGGUAUCAACCUUGCAACAGCAGAUACAGUUAUCAUAUUUGAUUCGGACUGGAACCCUCAAAAUGACCUACAGGCAAUGAGUAGAGCUCAUAGAAUCGGCCAACAAGAAGUUGUGAACAUCUACAGAUUUGUCACAAGCAAAAGUGUUGAGGAAGAUAUCUUGGAGCGAGCUAAGAAAAGAUGGUUCUUGACCACCUGGUGAUCCAGAAAUUGAAUGCAGAAGGCAGAUUGGAGAAGAAAGAAGCAAAGAAGGGGAGUUAUUUUGACAAGGUGUGUUCUAUAGAGCAGUCAGCUGAGAGUUGAAAGAUCGCUGCGAGAAAUUAUUUAAAGGCUGUAAGAAGUUUAUGUAAGUGUUUCAACAUUACUCGCACACAAAUUCCAAUGAGAAAAGUUGAUUUAUUUAUUUUUUUGGAAUUCUUUAGAAUGUUGAAAAUGGUCUUGUUUUGGUGAAACAGAAAGUAGUGAGAGUGAAGUUUAGAUUCUUUCCAGGAGUGCAAAUAGGAAUUGUGGAGAAAAUGUACAGGCUUAAGUUUCAAUAAACUUUAAUGAGAAUUGAUUUCAACAACUCAUAUCGACUCCUAAAAAAGGUAGUUAAAACCGACUAGACUUCUAACAAUAUGGUCUUUUACUAAC